AUGCUCACAUACACUCCUUCCAUCGUAUCACAGACAGUCGAACAGAAUCUUUUGUCUUGCGUAUCAUCUCUCAACUCUUCACUGCGAAUCGCCGCUUAUUUGUACAUCCGUGUUAGAACAAAACGGAUUUCCCUGUCAAUUAGUUCCGUUGAAAAUAUCUAUCACAUUGUCAUAACAACAGUACAGCAGUUCUUCCAUUCUCUCGCUGGUUUUCUUUCUACAAUUGAUUUCAGUUUAAUUUCUUUCUAUUUUCUUUUUUUUUUCUUUCUCUCUUCUUCUAGUAAUUCUUGCUUCUCUUUUUUCAUCUUUUUCUUUCUUUCUUUCUUUCUUUCUUUCUUUCUUUUAUUUCUCUUCAAAUUUAUCUUUCUUUCAUUUUCACAGUUUUUUCCGACCUCUCUUUUCAUUUUUUUGAUACUCUGUUGUAUCGCCUCCCUCUACUCCUUCACUCUCUCCCCCCCUCUCUCUCUCUCUCUCAUUAUUUUUCUUCGCUAUACGCUUUACUCUAUUUCCUUUUUUCUCGGCUUUAUUGAUUGCCUUUCAGUUUCUUCUAUUCCCCAUAUUUAUCUUUCUCUUUCUUUCUAUCCUUUUGUCAGUUUUGUUUUGUGUAUUGAAACUUUUCUCUUCAUGUUGCAAAUCUCACCUCUAUUUUUUUACAGUGAGAAAGUUACAAAGUUUUUUAGUACGUUUCUUAAAUUUAAUAUUUUUUCAUUUUAUUAUUCCGGUUUUUUUCCUUUUGACUCCUUUUCACGCGCAUUUUAA